GUCACAGGUCCUGCCCGAGGGCCACAGGUUGUGCCCGGGGCCUGCGGCCACUCUCCCCACCCAGGCUCUCUCUCAUGGCUGUCCUGCUGCCGGGCCAGGCUGGGCUCUGCAGAUGGGGCACAGGGCAGCAGAGGUGGGCACACCUGGAGUUCCCUGAGGGACCCUCUGGGCAACCACCUUUGCAAACACUCACAGUCAGACUCAGGUGUGAAGGCCUUUGGGUCAGAAAACAAAGACAUCUCAGGUGGACACAGUGCUUGGAGAAGAAAGAGGAAAGCACGCUGUGUUUUCACAGGGACAGCCACAGCCAGGCCCUGGCAGAGCUGCCAGGCUGCCAUCAGUCCUGGGGACAUUCAGCAGGGACAGAAAGCUUUGUCCCAUGGGUUCUCCCCUGUGGCAGGGGACACAGCUCCUUGAGCUGUGCCCAGGACCAGCUCCUGACACUGGAGCUGCCCCUCAGCCCCGGCAGGGCUGUGUGCAGCCAGGCCAGGCCGAGCAGCCACGCUGGGGCUAGCACCUGCCCGUGGCAGCCGGGCUGUGAGGCACAGCCCUGCCAUCAAAGUGUGCCUCUCAGCUGGGCUCAGAACAAGGCUUCUCCCUUAGGGGCCCCAGCAGCCUGUACCUGUGCCAGGCCUGGUGGCACAGCAGUCCAGGAACAGUUGUCCCUGGGCACAAAGGAGGGAGUUCCUGUCCACUGGGAUCCUUCUCACAGACAGGCCUAUGCCUGCAGCUCCCCCAGCCUCUCCUGCUGCCCAGGGCAGGUAUCCCAUGAGUGCUGUGGUUCAUGGCAGCCCCGUGGGCAUGUGUUCCCUGUGAGCCAUCCUCCAGCACCAGCUGAGCCCGUGGGCACAGAGAGCCCCACAGCAAAGUUCCUCCGUGGAACAGCAAUAAUUUUGUAUAGUCCGAUUCCUGCGUGUGCUGGGGUGUGGGAUUUUGUUACACAGGUAACAGGGUUUGUACCAGGUUUCUUUUCAGAAUAUAUUUAUACAAAAUGUUAUAAAAAUUAAAAAAUACAACCUAAAAAGCA